CGACGGCCAAGUGGGGAGCUCGGCGCGCUCUCUUUAGGGGUGGAGGUCGACGGAGCCGCCAAAAGUCAUGCCGGCCGGCUUUCAGCAACUUGGAGGGGAGACGGUGACCGGAACCCUGGCUCUGUCCGUCUUCACUGCCGUCCUGGGAUCACUGGAGUUUGGAUACAACAUCGGCGUCAUCAAUGCGCCUCAGAGGAUCAUCGAGGAGGACUACAACUCCACGUGGGCGCACCGGUACGGGCGACCCAUCCCGGCGGGGAGCCUCACGUCCCUGUGGUCCCUGUCCGUGGCCAUCUUCUCCUUGGGGGGCAUGCUGUCCUCGUUCUGUGUGGGAUUUGUGUCCGAGUGGCUGGGCAGGAGAAAAGCUCUGCUGAUCAACAACCUGCUGGCCUUCGGCGGCGGCAGCCUGAUGGGCCUGUCCAAGCUGUGUCGCUCCUUUGAAAUGAUGAUCCUCGGGCGCUUUGUCAUCGGCGCCUACUGCGGGCUGGCGUCCGGCUUGACCCCCAUGUACGUGGGGGAGAUCGCGCCCACCGGUCUGCGAGGGGCGCUGGGCACGCUGCAUCAGCUGGCCAUCGUCACGGGAAUCCUCAUCGCGCAGAUCUUAGGGCUGCGGCAGCUGCUGGGCACCGAGGACCUGUGGCCCGUCCUGAUGGGCCUGACGGUGGUGCCCACCGUCCUCCAGAUGGCGCUGUUGCCCUUCUGCCCGGAGAGCCCCCGCUUCCUCUUCAUUGUCCGCUGUCAGGAGCAUCAGGCCAAGAGAGGCCUGCGGCGGUUGACCGGCCGCCAGGAGGUGGGCGACCUGCUGGCGGAGAUGAAGGAGGAGAAGAGGAGGAUGGACCUGGAGAGGAAGGUGUCCAUCCCGGAGCUCUUCCGCUCUCCGGUGCACCGCCAGCCCAUCAUCAUUUCCAUCCUGCUGCAGCUCUCCCAGCAGCUCUCCGGGAUCAAUGCAAUAUUUUACUAUUCCACAAACAUCUUCACCAAGGCCGGGGUCCAGAGUCCGGUUUUCGCCACGAUAGGAGCCGGAAUAGUGAACUGCGCUUUCACCGUGGUCUCGCUCUUCCUAGUGGAGCGGAUGGGACGGCGGACCCUCCACAUGCUGGGACUGGGGGGCAUGUGCGUCUGCGCCGUGCUCAUGACCGUCGCGCUCAGCUUCUUGGACACGGUCCCCGCCAUGAGUUACGUCAGCAUGCUGUCCAUCUUCGGCUUUGUGGCCUUCUUCGAGGUGGGUCCGGGUCCAAUCCCUUGGUUCUUUGUCGCCGAGCUGUUCUCGCAGGGUCCCCGGCCGGCCGCCGUGGCCGUGGCGGGCUGCUCGAACUGGACCGCCAACUUCGUCGUCGGGAUGGGCUUCCAGUACGUUGCUGAGCUGUGCGGACCAUACGUCUUCCUGAUCUUCGCUGCGCUCCUGCUCUUCUUCCUCAUCUUCACAUUUUUCCGCGUGCCCGAAACACGGGGCAAGACCUUCGACCAGAUCGCCACAGACUUCAACCGCGGCUCACCCGACACCAUGAUGGGGCUGGACAUGGAGCUCAACAAGACAAACACAGAAAUGGACUACUUGGGGGACGAAAGCAUGGACUGAGAACUGCACAUAUUCCAUCACAACGUUUGAGGAGUUAUAUUCUAUUUAUUAUGGAGUGUGGUGUUUUGCGACAAAACCAUUUUCGUCCUCAUUUCCACAAAAUAUUCACAAUUCCACCCUGGAAUUUAUGCACUUUAAAUCAGUUUAAAAAACAAAAAGGAAAAAAAGAAAAAAAAAAAACUCAAACAUUUCACUUGUUUUAGCUUGGCAAAUUCAAGAUGCAUGGUAAUUCUGAAGUACAAAUUGUGGGCAAAGUUCGAUAAAUCCGGGUAGUCCAACAAACAACCAUUUUCACCCAAGAGCUUUAGCAAUUAAAGCAGGAAAAAAGACAGUUUGCCUGCGUGGGCAACGUUUUCAGCUGCUUUGUCGAUAUUAAUUGGAAAUCAUGUGUACAUUCUGCCCUGAAAUAAGCAUAAUGAUUGCAAACAUUUACUUAACAAAAAAAAAAAAUAAAAAAAUAAUUCACCCUCAUCUCAAUAACGAGCCUCUAAGAAUUGUCAGGCGGUCGCUAAUCCCUGCCCUGCUGCUUUGUUCUGCCCUCUUCAAAUAAAUUAAAAGGGAAAUAAAAAUCAAGGUUAGUUCCUGCGGUAACUACUUGAUGCAUCAAUUUAAAUUAAAGUGUUUAAUUAGGGAAACAGGGCAAGUAUCAAUUUUGGUUUUUUUGCCCUUGCAAAGAUCAAAUUAGACACCCAUCCCGUUUUGACAACUGCAUCUUACGGAGGAAAGUGGGGAUGGGGUACAGGGGCAAAUGCAGGUUUUGGGGGCAGGGGGGGUGUACAAGGAGGGGAGCUGUACGUUCUCAAAUAGGGGCAAUCCUUCAACACAAAAAAAAAAAUAACUGGAUAAAACGUUACCCAUUUGGUCUAACUAACAUUUAACACUGAACAAACAAACUUCAUCCGGACCACUUCCAGAA